CGACGACUCUUAUGCGAAUGUUACCGGCCCGGUCCUUCAUUGUUGAGCAGAGGCGGUGUUUCUGGCGUGCCCACAACUCAGAAGAAGUUUAUGUUGAGGUUAUGCCUCACCUCUUGUAGACAAUCUUCAGGUCCCUCCACUCCAAAAAGCUGCACAUUUUGGGCUUCCUCGCCAGGAUGGUCUGAACCAGAUCUCUGGAGAUCUUCUUCCUUUCCUUAUCAGAGAGAGGCACGUACCACUUUUGUAGGCGCAGCUUUCCCUGGCGGCUGAACAGCAGCAUGAACUGCAUCUGAGGGAGAGCCGAGUUUACAUGUCAAGUUCACUAUGGAGACAAAUGUUCAGGAAUGAGAAGAAAUUUACAAAAAAGAUGUGACGUGGGCUUGCUCGGGACAUAACCGGGCUGCGAAGCGAGGAUGAGGAGCCGCAGUAAUUCGGGAGUGAGGCUGGAUGGAUAUGCCAGGCUGGUCCACGAGACUAUUCUGUGUCACCAGAACCCGGUGUCAGGGCUCCUGCCUGCCAGCACCCAGAAAAAGGAUGCCUGGGUGAGGGAUAAUGUGUACAGUGUUCUGGCCGUGUGGGGGCUGGGCUUGGCUUAUCGCAAGAAUGCCGACCGAGACGAGGACAAGGCCAAAGCCUACGAACUGGAGCAGAGUGUUGUCAAACUGAUGCAAGGACUUCUGCGUUGCAUGAUGAGGCAGGAUGUGGUUUGUUUUCAGGUUGCCAAGGUGGAGAAGUUCAAACACACCCAGAGCACCGAGGACUGUUUGCACGCCAAAUAUGACACGCCCACUUGUGCCACAGUGGUGGGAGAUGACCAGUGGGGUCAUCUCCAAGUGGACGCCACUUCCAUUUACUUGCUGAUGUUGGCGCAGAUGACGGCAUCAGGUCUUCGUAUCAUCUCAAACUUGGAUGAGGUGGCUUUUAUCCAAAACUUGGUCUUCUACAUAGAGGCUGCGUACAAGGUGGCGGAUUAUGGGAUGUGGGAGCGAGGGGACAAAACCAACCAAGGCAUCCCUGAGCUCAACGGGAGCUCUGUCGGAAUCGCUAAGGCAGCUCUCGAGGCGAUAGACGAGCUGGAUCUUUUCGGCGCCCACGGUGGACCGAAGUCCGUCAUCCACGUUCUUCCCGAUGAAGUGGAACACUGUCAGUCCAUCCUGUGCUCCAUGCUGCCCCGAGCGUCCACUUCCAAGGAGAUAGAUGCCGGCCUCCUGUCUGUUAUUUCCUUCCCUGCGUUUGCAGUGGAGGAUGCUGAAUUAGUGGCCAUCACCAAGUCGGAGAUCAUCCGCAAAUUGCAGGGACGCUACGGUUGUUGCCGCUUCAUCAGGGAUGGAUAUCAUUGUCCUAAAGAGGACCCAAGCCGGCUGCAUUAUGAUCCCGCUGAGCUGAAGCUGUUUGAGAAUAUCGAAUGCGAGUGGCCGGUCUUCUGGACCUACCUCAUUCUCGAUGGUAUCUUUGCGGGCGACCGAGUGCAGGUGCAGGAGUACCGUGAGGCACUGGAGGGCAUUUUGAUCCGAGGGAAAAAUGGCAUCAAAUUGCUGCCUGAGCUUUAUGCUGUACCAAGCGACAAGGUGGAGGAGGAGUACGGCAACCCGCACAGUGUGGAGCGAGUAGCCACGGGUCAGGUGCCUCACAUGUGGGGACAAUCGUUGUACAUCCUGGGCUGCCUUUUGGCUGAGGGCUUUUUGGCGCCAGGAGAGAUCGACCCUCUCAACAGGAGAUUCUCUACAAAUGUAAAGCCUGAUGUUGUGGUACAAGUUUGUGUCUUGGCAGAAUCUGAGGACAUCCAGAAGUUGCUGAACGAGCACGGGAUGAAGGUCCAAUUGUUGUCCGGGGCUCUGCCAAUCCGGGUCCUGCCCGCUCGCAUCCUGAGCCGCAUCUAUGUCCGACUGGGGAAUUGCAAGAAGCUGAAUUUGAGCGGGAGGCCCUACAGACACAUCGGCGUUUUGGGAACAUCCAAAUUCUACGAGAUCCGGAACCGCUCGUACAUAUUCGCCCCUCAGUUUCUGGAUCAGCACCAUUUCUACUUGGCCCUGGACAACCAGAUGAUCGUGGAGAUGCUGCGUACGGAGGCGGCCUACCUCUCCUCUUGCUGGAGGAUGACGGGACGACCCACCCUGACCUUCCCCAUCACCCGCAGCAUGCUUGUUGAAGACGGAGACGCAAUUGACCCGUGUAUCCUAGCAACGCUGAGAAAGGUGCAGGAUGGCUAUUUUGCUGGCGCAAGGAUGCAGAUGUCGGACCUCUCCGGUCUCCAGACCACUUCCUUUCACACUCGCCUCAGCUUCUUGGAUGAAGAAAACGACGACAGCUUACUUGAAGAGGGCGAAGCGGUUGAUAAAGACUAUGGGGAAGAAUACAGCCACUGUGAGCCUUCAGAAGGCUCCGGCGACAUGUUUGAUCAGUACCUCACGCGGCUCCUCCACAGCACCGCCACCAGAUGUCAUCUUCCUCCCACCCAGAGAGGGCAGCACCACGUGUUCAGUGCCGAACACACCACCAGAGAUAUCCUGUCUCUGAUGGCGCAGGCUCAGGGUCUUGACGUGCCCAAGUCUUCCAUGUAUCUACCCGUCGUCCCGCUCAUGAGCAAGCAUCGCAAAUCUCUCAACCUGUUAGAAGUUCCUCCCGCUGCUCCACAUGCAAAGCAGCACAAGUGUCGCAACGCAGCUGAUCUCCACCUGCCUCGAGACGCCCAAGGCAACACGGAUUUUGCAGCGCUGGUGAGGCAGCUGAAGGAAUGUCCCACUCUGCAGGACCAAGCGGACAUCCUUUAUGUCCUCUAUGUGAUGAAAGGAGCCGAUUGGCCGGUCGAGGUGUCAGGGCCGGGCCACGGUUGGGUGAGCGUGCGCACGCUGCUGGAGGAGCUGUAUGUGCAAGCCGGAGCCUGCAAAGAAUGGGGUCUCAUCAGAUACAUCUCUGGCAUACUACGCAAGAGAGUGGAGGUCCUCUCUGAGGCCUGUACAGAUCUUAUUUCCCACCACAAGCAGAUCACCGUGGGUCUUCCUCCUGAACCCAGGGAAAGAGUCAUCACAGUGCCACUUCCUCCCGAGGAGCUGAACGCUCUCAUCUUUGAAGCCGGCGGUCAGGACAUCAGUGUUGCCGUUCUCACUCAAGAAAUCAUGGUCUACCUAGCCAUGUAUGUGCGCUCCCAGCCCGCCCUGUUUGGAGACAUGCUCCGACUGAGAAUAGGACUCAUCAUGCAAGUGAUGGCCACCGAGCUGGCUCGCAGCCUGCGAUGCUCUGGGGAGGAGGCCUCUGAAAGCCUGAUGAGCCUUAGUCCUUUUGGCAUGAAGAACUUGCUCCACCACAUCCUUAGUGGCAAGGAGUUUGGGGUGGAAAAAAGCAUGCGACCUAUCCAGUCAACAGCCACCAGUCCAACCAUUUCGAUCCGUGAACUGGGGCACACUGGAGCCACCAAGACGGAACGCUCAGGAAUACGCAAACUCAAGAGUGAAAUCAGACAGAUCCUCAGCGGCGGUUUCUCCGCAUGCAGCAAUGUCACCUCCCCUCGCUCCACGCGUUGCAGCAGCCCCUCCACUCCCAGCGGGAUGUUAUCGCCAGUGGGCUCUGGGCCAGGUGAUGGGCAGCUGCACUGGGAGGAGAAGCAAGGCCAGUGGCUGAGGAGACGCAGGUUGGACGGAGCUAUCAACAGAGUGCCGGUGGGUUUCUACCAGAAGGUGUGGAAGAUUCUGCAGAAGUGCCACGGCCUGUCCAUCGACGGCUACGUGCUGCCCUCGUCCACCACAAGGGAGAUGACAGCCGGAGAGAUCAAGUUUGCAGUGCAGGUGGAGUCGGUUCUCAACCAUGUCCCUCAACCGGAGUACAGACAGCUGCUGGUGGAGACGCUGACGGUUCUGGGCCUGGUGGCCGACGUUGACGUCGACAGCAUUGGGGGUGUGAUCCACGUGGAACGCGUCCUCCACAUGGCCAACAACCUGUUCCUCAGCGACCAGAAAUCUCACAGUGCCUGUGAUUAUUUCCUCGAGAAGGACCCGGCGACUGGAAUCUGCAACUUUUUCUAUGACAGCGCCCCCAGUGGCCGCUACGGCACCAUGACUUAUUUGUCCAAAGCUGCGAUCACGUAUGUCCAGGACUUCCUGCCGAGUUCCAGCUGCUUAAUGCAGUGAAAAAAUAACUAGUAUGGAAAGCUUCUUUGAGCAGUUUUCCUUAUCCUCGAUAGCCGGCUUAAGGUCCAUGUACUAGUACGCUCCUUGUCCUCACUCGUAAGAUAAUUCAGCGCAUUAGUAGAAUAUUACUAGUAAUGCUUUCUCCAUGACUAGUGCCACUUUUGGCUUUCUCUAUGCAAUUAAAUCUUACUAGUAAACUACUGUGUUGCACCAGCAGCACUGCUAGGCCUCAGUAACGUGUAGUUGCCCUACUAGUAUGCCAAAGUCGUACUUGUAGUGUGCACGAAUGUCAUACAGUAGUGGAAAAAAAGCUUACUAGUAAGACACAGUCAUUCGAUUAGUGUGCCCUUGUCGUUCCACUAGUUCUGUUCUACACCAAUACAUGCUAGUAAUAGUACAAGGAUCUUAAGCUGGAUAUCAAGAAUUAUAUGGAAGAAAUGCUCAAAACGACUCUCCGUACUCAAGCUGUUCCUGAAAGACUUAUGAAGAGGCACGUGCGCGUAAUAUUUACUCCGAAGCUAUCUUAUUUACGUCAUAGUCUUCAUAUUUCAAUUGCCGACUUGGACUGUGGACGCCAUUGACAUGUGCAUUCUUUCAAUCAGGAUCUGUUGUGCGUGAAUGUAAAGGGAUGUUUACAAAGGCGGGACGGUGGAGUUACAAAGGCGGGUUAUCGUGUCCGUCUGACAGUUUCGAAGUUCUGAGUUCGAGUCUCAGCUCUUUCUUUGCGGCGUUCACAUGUUCUCUCCGGGUACUCUGGAGAUAUUGGUGAACUGUUGUUGUGGUCUUGAUGAUAGUAGUAUUUAUUCAUGCGUAAUGAUAAUGCUUAACCCAUGUGAACGCCAUCAUCACACAGUGUCGUCCGAUAUAGCCAAUUGUCCGUUACAUUGAAGCUCUUUAUUUUAUUAUUAUUUUUUUUAGACCAUAUGCACCCAUAUUACUGUACAGUACAAAAUGAUUGUUGUGUAGUUUUUUUUUUGUUUUUUUUGUGGCCUAAAAUGCCCAGUUCGCUACAAAGUUAAUGUAAAUGAAUACAAAAAAAAAAAAGCUUGAAAAUGUUUGGAGGUUUCACAUUUGAUCCAAACUUACCAUGCUGGUGUGUUUGGUCAUGUUGACAUUGUUGACGUACAGUACUCGUCCUAGGCAAAUCACUUUCAUGUGGCGCAAGGAAUUAAGUGUGCUUCCUAGUUCCAGAUCCAUUGCCAAAGGCAAACAGCUUGACAAAAAAUGUUUACUGUACAAAAAAAUAGCAUGUUCCAGACUCCAGAGACCGCGCUCUACGGCACCAUAGAUAUAACCACCGUGACACGGCCGCCACGUCAAUGCCCCGCAUUCAACGUGGCCACCACAUAGGCACCGGAGACCCCGUAUUUUAGAAUUAGACCUGGUCAGUAUGUGACCCGGUAAUACGUCAGUCCCAUCUGCCUGUAUUGCGCUAGUAAACAAAAGUGGCCUAUUUCAAACUAAUAGACUUUGUCAACGGCAUUUUACGUGACAAACGGAAACUUUUUUUGGACACAUUGUUCAGUCCCGGCGGUUUGUUUUGUCCAAUAUCCGUUAUAUCGGGGGUCUCCACUGUACUUUUAUUGUAAACCAGCAUUUAAACACAUAUACUACGUAUGACGCUCAGUGCUAGAAAUUGAUCAAGUGCAGCUACUGACCAGAGUAUGCUGAAAACAGAACUAGUUUUGUAAACUAACAAAGCAAGUGUGGGCGUGACUGAAUUUUUAAAGGCGCAACAGUACAUACUAUCAGGGAAAUGUAGGGGUGAGCCCUAUUUCCUCAUUCGCAGCAAAAAGGUCCUUAUUUCUAAGCUUGAAUAUACACUACUCCUAAAAAAAAAUAAUAAUAAUAAUAAUAAGCAUGUUGGCCUUUCAGGUGAAAUUUCAUGAUGAACCUAAAACGCACAAGAACCUUUCGUUAUCCCCGAUUACCUCAUGCAUUUAACCUCGUGUCUCAUCACCGGUUCCUUGUACCUUGUCACAUUUUCAGCAUUCCUUGUUCUCGCCACUUCAACUCUGUUUGAUUAUUAACCUCACCUUUUUUUUGCCUCCCAUUUUUUUAACACACAUACCAGUAUACGGACUCCAGCCUGUUUAUUAAACUGUGCUUUUGGAAGUGGCUUUCGCCUUACAGUCUUCCAUUUGGGUCCUCGCUCACUUCCUUCCUGUUCAUUAUAGCUGUCCACUUGUAUACCUUUCUGUGACGCUUCCAGUCUUUCUGUAUCUCUGUUGGAAUUUGUUGAUGGCCACUUCCCUUUCUUGUUUGAAAUCUCACAAUGGCGAGGCACUGUCGAUCGAUUGUUACGUGUCGUCACGAUUGCAUGAUUCAGAGGACUGUUGAAAUGCCAAUUCUACGACAGAACCAGGACAUUUAUUUGUCAAGUCAUGGAUCAAACCCUUGUGAAUUUUGCCAUUCAGCUGCUUGUUAGAGAACAGCAAGUUGUGCAAAACAAUACUGAAACAUCCUUUGUAUUAAGUUCACCUAUGAAGGUUAGGUUCAUCCUAAAAUUUCCCCCAGAAGCCCCUUUAACUUUUUGUACAUUUUUACAUGUACUGUACAUUGCACAAUGAAUAAUCAUCAUCAACAGUUCAGAAAAUCUUAACACAGUCGCUGCCAUUGACGGCUUUAGAAGUCAAAUGUCCAUGUUAACUGCGAAGGCUGGCAGUGAAUGAGUUAAUAUAAUACAUUUCCAGAUAAAAGACAAACCAUCUCAUAGCAAAAGGUCAGCAUCCUACGCUCUAUCUAUCUUGAGUUGCUGAUCCUUGUUGUCCAGCUUGUGCACAACGCGGAAAGCCUCCAGGAACUCCGUGAAGUCUAUACUGCCGUCCUUGUUGAAGUCGAUGCUUCGAGCCAGGUCAUCAAUGGCUCCGUUGGUGAUGUCCACCCCCAGGUGAGCGCUGAAGAGGCGCCAGGUAUGACGGAACUCUUCGAUGGAAAUGAGACCUAAAUGUGACAACAUGGAUGAUC